AUGAAGUCUGAACUAAAGAUCAAAGCAGCCCGAACUCAGACAGUCUCGUUUGACACGGUGGCGCCUGGCACCCCUUCGAUUGUGCGCGGGUGGGGCCGUACGUCUUCGGGCGGAGCUUCUUCCGAAGUGCUGCUGGAAGUCGGCGUGAAUUCCAUCAGCAACGACCAAUGCGCAAAGCUGUUGACCGGAUUCACCGUGAACGAAGCCAUGCUGUGUGCGGGCGGCAAGUUGGGCGAAGAUUCGUGCCAAGGCGACUCUGGUGGACCAUUGACGGUCGAAUCGAACGGGUCUGUCAAGUUGGUGGGUGUGGUCAGCUGGGGCAUCGGCUGUGCCCAGCAGGACAAGCCUGGCGUGUAUAGUCGCAUCUCCAUCGCCCGCGACUUUAUUGAACCCUUCAUCACCACGUCCCCCACCGCUGUCCCUAUCACCACCAAGCCUUCUGCCGCCCCCACUGUCUCCCCUGUUACCAGCAAGACCCCUACUGCGGCCCCGAUUACCACGAACCCUACCGUGGCUCCUAUCACCACUGCCAAAGUUCCUACGGUAGUCCCUACUGUCGCCCCUACGACUGCCUCGCCAUCCAAGUGCAAUGGUUGCUCUACGUGCUUCUACCCUACGCUGAACUACUGCUUCCCCCCUGCGUACACCAAAACGAUCUGUGAAUCGUACGCAAGCUUGGGAGCGUUCUGGUGCGGAAACUAG